AUGGCUUCAAAUGUUGUUCCAGGGCAGAGGGAUGACACGGUCAAGGUGGAACCUGUGGUGACUCUAAGAACAAUCCGGUCGGACUCGAGUGGUCUUAGUGGACCAUCCAAGGGCGACGUCGAAGGCGUGGUUGGCGUUUUUGAUGCAGUUCGUAAAAACCCAGUCGCAUUCUCCUGGAGCAUCUAUGCAAUAUUCGUGAUGGUCACAUCGGCAUACACCAACUCUAUCAGUGGUUCAGUGCUAGGGAUACCACAAUUCCGAAAAGACUUUGGCUAUCAGUUCGGAGGGCAUUAUGUUCUUCCAGCGGCAUGGCAGGCAGCCUACUAUGGGGCUACAAAUGCUGCAGGAGUGGUAGGCGCAUUUCUUGCCGCAAAUGUGGCGGACCAGUGGGGGCGAAAGAUAACCUUUACAUUUCUUCUGGCCUUUAAGUUCCUCUCCAUCACCCUCGAGUUCGUGGCUACGACCAACCAAGUCUACUUUGGGGGAAUACUCCUGAGUGGAUUUUGCGCUGGUGGGUUUGGGACGUUGUGUAUGACAUAUAUUGGAGAAAUCGCCCCCCAGAGGUUGCGUGGUGUCUUGACCGCAGCAGCCCCGAUAUCAAUGACCUUGGGAUCCCUCACAGCUUCUCUGAUCAUCAACUUUACUGGUGAUCAGAAGACACACUGGGCAUAUCGCACUGCCUUCGCAUCGGAGUAUAGCUUCGCAGGAUUUACUGCAUUAUUUCUGCCCUUUAUACCCGAGUCGCCAUGGUGGUCGACUGAUAGAAGGAACGACGGCGAAGCUCUGGAGUCAUUAGCAAAGCUGGGAUACGAUCCAUCGAGUGCCGAAGUGCACUUGAGCCUUAUCAAGAGGACGCUUGCCAAGACAAAGAAUGAGACCAUGGGGGCCACCUACCUUGAAUGCUUCCGCCGAUCUAACCUCCGGCGUACAAUUGUCUCACUGAUGCCUUUGGCAUGUCAGGCAUUGAUCGGUGUUUCCUUCGUUGCAAGUUACAGUACCUACUAUCAACAGCUCGCCGGUUUUAGCACACAAGCGUCCUUCCAUCUUUCAAUUGUGCAAGGUUUGCUGUCGUUGGUCGGCAAUAUAUGCUCCCUAUUUCUCAUCGACAGAGUGGGACGACGGUCUCUCAGCUUCUGGGGCUUGUGUUUGCUCACCUUGCUUCUGCUUCUCACUGGUGGUCUGGCAGUGGCAGCCACUCCUGGAGCAAUCAAGGGCACGGUAGCCUUGCUACUACUUUAUUGCUUCGUUUUCAACGUAACGAUUGGGGCAACAGCGUAUACAAUCUUGGCCGAGAUUCCCACACCACGAUUGCGAGUCAAGACUGCUUCCAUGGCCUUUGCUCUCGAAAAUGGACUAUUUACGAUGUGGGGUUUCGUUUUGCCCUACCUGUUUAAUCCUGAUAAGGCGAACCUGGGUGCCAAGGUGACAUUCAUCUUCGGCGCACUCUCGAUCUUGUGCACAAUAUAUCUUUGGGUAUUCCAACCGGAAUGUUCUCAUUUGUCUUUCGAGGAGUUAGAUGAACUCUUCAUGAACAAAGUUCCAGCCAGAAAGUUCAAGACGCGACAAUCACUGGACCAGGCCAAUGUUUGA